AUGUCUUCCGAUAAGCCAUUACCAUUCAUCUACCAGUUCGCCGCAGGCGCGGUCGCUGGUGUCUCUGAGAUUUUAGUGAUGUACCCACUCGAUGUGGUCAAAACCAGAGUCUUUUCACGAUUGUAUCGUGGUAUCUCGGCACCCAUUCUGAUGGAAGCACCAAAGCGAGCGACUAAAUUUGCUGCCAACGAUGCGUGGGGUAAAUUCUACCGCGAUCUCUUUGGCGUUCAGAAGAUGAACCAAUCCCUUUCGGUCCUCACAGGAGCAACUGCCGGUGCCACCGAAUCCUUUGUCGUAGUUCCAUUCGAACUGGUUAAGAUUCGACUUCAAGACCGUACCUCUGCUGGUAGAUACAGUGGGAUGCUUGAUUGUGUGGCCAAGAUUGUCAAGCAAGAAGGGCCUCUAGCAUUAUACAAUGGACUUGAGAGCACACUGUGGAGGCAUAUUCUCUGGAACGCUGGAUACUUUGGAUGUAUCUUCCAAGUUCGAGCACUGCUUCCCAAGGCCGACAACAAGUCAACUCAGAUGGGUUACGAUUUAUUGUCUGGUGCAACUGGAGGGACAGUCGGUACAAUUCUUAACACCCCUAUGGAUGUUGUCAAGUCGCGUAUUCAGAAUAGCCCAAAAGUUGCCGGAACGAUUCCCAAGUACAACUGGGCGUGGCCUGCGCUGGGUACUGUGAUGAAGGAAGAAGGAUUCGGAGCGCUCUAUAAAGGGUUCAUACCAAAGGUCCUAAGAUUAGGUCCAGGUGGCGGUAUCUUGCUCGUUGUGUUCACUGGAGUGAUGGAUUUCUUCCGAAAGAUGAGAGCAGAGGCAUAG